UCUCUUUCAUUAGAUGUGCGGGCAUGUCCUGUGUGGGUAUGUAUGCACAUGUGUGUGUACAUUCAUGUCUGUGUGCAUUUUAUGUAUGUGCAUUUUAUAAACAUAGACAAGUCUACCUUUGUACAGACGCCCAAAGAUUCGAAACAAGAAGUAUAUCUGUGACCUUAAAUUGAGACCAAAGUGUGUGAUUUUUUAAAGCCCUGAGUGUUGGAGAUUCGAAUGGCAGUCUUUGGGGUCGUGUUUUGGGGAAAAUUCCCCGUUCCACCGGUGGGUACAGUGUCAGUACUUCUCUGAGUACUUGGGAUGAAGAUAGCAUGAGUCCCUCAUUCCCACCCCCCACUGUGAGCGAAUUCUUAAUUACUAAUGAAUGCUAUUUAUUUUAAUUGUUAUGACAGCAACAUAAUAUUUAGCCAUCUCCCAUUCUCUGGUGUCCCCUGAAACAGGCAGAGUCUCCCACCAGAGAGAGGACAGGUAGAAGGCACAGCGGGCGACUGAUUGAGCCGGUUAUUCAUUUGCUGAGUGUUUGUGUUUAUGCAAAGGGGCCUCUUCCUGCAUAUUUAAUCUAGAGUAAGGCAGUGGCUUUUGUUGUGUUUAGCCACAUAUCUCCUGUCCUUCCCCACACUGCUGCCAGCCCAGGAGCCCCUGGAGCUGGGGCUUCCAGAGCCUGGAGUUCCUCCAUUCCAAAGUCUCAACUUUCUUCCCUUGCAUGCACACGGCCCUGCCGCCCCACAGCUCUGCCUCCUCACCAUGCGCGGGGUGACAAGUGACCUUUUGAGGUGACUGUAACUGAAGAUUGCUUUACAGACGCCAAAAAAGGUUUUUGAGUCAUGAUGCAAGAAUCUGGGACUGAGACAAAAAGUAACGGCUCAGCCAUCCAGAAUGGGUCCAGCGGCGGCAACCACCUGCUAGAGUGCGGCGGGCUCCGGGAGGGAAGGUCCAACGGGGAGGCACCGGCCACCGAGCUUGGGGCAGCCGACCUGGCCCACGUCCAGCAGCAGCAGGCUCUACAAGUGGCCAGACAGCUCCUGCAGCAGCAGCAACAGCAGCAGCAGCAAGUUAGUGGACUAAAGUCUCCCAAGAGGAAUGACAAGCAGCCGGCCCUUCAGGUCCCCGUGUCGGUGGCUAUGAUGACACCUCAGGUUAUCACUCCGCAGCAGAUGCAGCAGAUCCUCCAGCAACAGGUGCUGAGCCCUCAGCAGCUCCAGGUCCUCCUCCAGCAGCAGCAGGCCCUCAUGCUUCAGCAGCAGCAGCUUCAAGAGUUUUAUAAAAAACAACAGGAACAGUUGCAGCUUCAACUUUUACAACAACAGCAUGCUGGAAAGCAGCCUAAAGAGCAGCAGCAGGUGGCCACCCAGCAGUUGGCCUUCCAGCAGCAGCUCCUACAGAUGCAGCAGCUCCAGCAGCAGCACCUCCUGUCUCUGCAGCGCCAAGGCCUCCUAACCAUCCAGCCCGGGCAGCCCGCCCUUCCCCUCCAGCCUCUCGCUCAAGGCAUGAUUCCAACGGAGCUGCAGCAGCUCUGGAAGGAGGUGACGGGUGUGCACACUGCAGAAGAAGCCACGAGCAACAACCCCAGCAGCCUGGACCUGACCACCUGUGUGUCCUCCUCCGCCCCCGCCAAGGCCUCCCUGGUGAUGAACCCGCACGCCUCCACCAAUGGCCAGCUCUCGGUGCACACGCCCAAGAGGGAAAGCCUGUCCCACGAAGAGCAUCCCCACAGCCAUCCUCUGUAUGGACACGGCGUGUGCAAGUGGCCGGGCUGCGAGGCCGUGUGUGAAGACUUCCCGUCGUUUCUGAAACAUCUCAACAGUGAGCACGCGCUGGACGACAGAAGUACAGCCCAGUGUAGAGUCCAGAUGCAGGUGGUGCAGCAGUUAGAGCUACAGCUUGCUAAAGACAAAGAACGCCUCCAGGCCAUGAUGACCCACCUGCAUGUGAAGUCUACGGAACCCAAAGCCGCCCCUCAGCCCCUCAAUCUGGUGUCCAGCGUCACGCUCUCCAAGUCCGCCUCUGAGGCUUCUCCACAGAGCUUACCUCAUACCCCCACGACCCCCACCGCUCCCCUGACUCCCGUCACCCAAGGCCCCUCUGUCAUCACCACCACCAGCAUGCACACGGUGGGACCCAUCCGCAGGCGGUACUCGGACAAGUACAACGUGCCCAUUUCUUCAGCAGAUAUUGCGCAGAACCAAGAAUUUUAUAAGAACGCAGAAGUUAGACCGCCAUUUACGUAUGCAUCUUUAAUUAGGCAGGCCAUUCUCGAAUCUCCAGAAAAGCAGCUCACGCUGAAUGAAAUCUAUAACUGGUUCACGCGAAUGUUUGCUUACUUCCGGCGCAACGCAGCCACGUGGAAGAAUGCAGUGCGCCAUAAUCUUAGUCUUCACAAGUGUUUUGUGCGAGUAGAGAACGUUAAAGGGGCAGUGUGGACGGUGGAUGAAGUAGAGUUCCAAAAGCGAAGGCCACAAAAGAUCAGUGGUAACCCUUCCCUCAUUAAAAACAUGCAGAGCAGCCACGCCUACUGCACCCCUCUCAAUGCGGCUUUACAGGCUUCGAUGGCGGAGAACAGCAUACCUCUAUACACUACCGCUUCCAUGGGCAACCCCACCCUGGGCAACCUGGCCAGUGCCAUGCGGGAGGAGCUCAACGGCGCCAUGGAGCACACCAACAGCAACGAGAGCGACAGCAGUCCCGGACGGUCCCCUCUGCAAGCCGUGCAUCCUGUGCACGUCAAAGAAGAGCCCCUCGAUCCCGAGGAAGCUGAAGGGCCUCUGUCCUUGGUGACGACAGCCAACCACAGUCCAGAUUUUGACCAUGACAGAGAUUAUGAAGACGAACCGGUCAAUGAGGACAUGGAGUGAACACCUGGGGCGGGGCCAGCCCGAGAGGGAAGAUCGGAGACGAGAAACAAAAACAUGUCCAAAGUUUGCAGUGCAGUGGCUCUGCGUUGGCCUGGCCGAACAGGCUGGAGGAGCCUCACUACACUUUGGCAACUCUGAAACGUGUUAACUCUUAGUGCCAUCAAGAAUCCCAUUUGGGAGUAUUUUUGAUUUUUCUACUUUUUGUUGAAAAAAGGAAUUUGUACUCUGUGCGUUGGAUGGACUCGUUUGGUACUUGGGAUUUUCCUCUCUUCACAGUCAACAUCAGUGUUGUAAAUUUGCUAAACUGAGAUUCACUUUUAGCAGCAGACUUUGAACUGCAGUCCUGCCGGCAUUGGACACUGAGGACGCCGACUGAGCUUGCGCACCUGAGCUGCAGACCACGCCUCUGCCAGGAUCCAGGACUCCAGUGGACGACCUGUUGCACAGUACCGCAUGUUGAUUAUCACUGCCUUUACGCCUUUGGGUUUUUUGAUUUUUUUUUUUUUUUUUUUUUGCUUCCAGUUGGGAUGGGGAAGGCCUUUGUGUGUGUAUUGGGGGGUGGGGUUAAAAUUAUCCCAAACUUUUUAAUGUAUGGCUUUUUUUUUUCCUUCUACUUUACCAUUUUAAGUUCUGACCUCAGGCCUCCACUUGGCCCACGGCCUCUUGGAGGCUUAAAGUUUUCUGUACCUUGUGAUGAAUGUUGAUAGGUAUUUUUUAUUACACAGAGCUGAAUGUCAUUUCUCGUUCGUAGUUUUCUGUCACUCAUUCCAUUUUCCUACAGACGCCACCACGUUUCUCUGAAGUCAGAAAACAUUCCGUUUUGGUCUUUUUCCAAAAAGGUCCCAAAUGCUGCAACUCUACACAUGAAGGUCCCGUCACACAGAUGGGACAUCCUGCCAGAAAGAGAAUGAAUGACAGAAAAAAAAUAUAUAGAGAGACACACUCAGAACAAUGCAGACUCAUUCCACAGAGCAGUAUUGGGGUGGUGAGGGGUUGUUCAGAAUUCCUUUUUUUUUUUUUUUUGAAAAUAAGAAGCAUCAUUCUGAAUAAAUGCCACAGCACUGCACCAGCACAAGGACACAGGCAGGCACGGUGAUGAUUAGGCUGACCUCGUGGAUGGGAAUGGCUCUCCCUCCAUGACCCCGUGGUCAGGGUCUGGGGCUCCUUGCUGGGAUGACCACCGUGGGCUGCCUUGACUACAAAGUGACCAGAGGCCAGCUCCCCAAAGCAACUUUGUUGGAGGGGGGCAGUGUGGAGGCUGGAUCAUUGGAGCUGCCUGGUGGCACUAUUCUGUUUAAAUGCAAAUUAGACUUCAGGUCGCUCUUGUUGAGGGCGUUAAUGAGGACCGAGUUCAGCAAAUGCCGAAGUGUGUGUCUGGGAGGUGCGCGGCUGGUGUGUCACGAUCACUGUCCCCCAGUGUGGAAAGCUGACAGAAGACAUCAGGUAGACCAGGCUCCUGCAGGCCCUGGGCUUCGGGGGAGCUGCACCGGGCGUUCACAGCGCCACGGCCUCGGACCUCCAGCCCGGCCACACCUCCGUCUGCACCCAUUUCCCUGACAUGUAUUUAUCUAGAACUGUAGCUUUUGUUUUUAGUUUGAGAGCCUUUUGGAGCUUAAUUUAUAUUCUUUGUACCUUUUAUUUCUAAAAUUACCAAAGAUAUUACACAAAGGUAAAUUAUGUUCUCUGUUUUAUGCUUUAUCUGAUGAAGCCAAAUAUCCUCUUAUUGUUGAUCAAAGGAGGUGAAAGGAUUUAGAAGCAAAUGAUAAAAGAUACAGGCUAUUGCUAACCUGAGAAAGUUGGCCAUAGAGCAGAUUUAGAAGACCAAGUAGGUAAAGGAACCAAAGUUGUUACUUUUUUCUAGUUUUUCUUUUUUUCUUCUUCUUGUACCUCUACAGAGACCAAAACUCAUCCUUAUUAAGAAAAAUUAUGGGGCUACUGAAGAUGAAAAUAGGGCACAGUAUUAUAGUUGCUACAGAAGGAACGAAGUCCCAUCUCAAAGAGCUGUGAGCGUUGCCACCGGAAGUGAGCAUGUCCAAUAGAGGAGACAGUUAAGCUGAAAACCAGGAAGAACCGAAAAGCAUCUGCAAUUGAACCUAGACCACAUGAUAUCAUUUCUAGAAUUUUUUUGUUGUUAUUUAGUGAGAUUACAUGCCAUUUUUGUUUAUGAACUGUGCUGUGAUCACUGCAUUAAUUUUGGUUUAUUUUGGCAUAGAUCCUCCAAUUUGUCUUUAUGUUAUUUAUCUUUUUGGAAUAGGCUUUGGACAACAUUUUUCAUUUACUAAAAUGAAAAAAAAAAAAAAAAAGUAACACUCCUGUCCACUCAUAAGCUUGGUACAAAAACGUCUUUGGCAAUGACCUUGGAAGCGUCACUCUGCUUUCUAUUUGAAGGGCAGUCUGUGGUCCCUCACGGCUCCCCCACUUCUCCAGGCAGCUUCGUGAUGUGCAGGCAGUAGCCGGGGGGUCCCGGGAAGGGCCCCGUGCUUCUAAACGGAGUGGUUGCUGGUUAGUGUGGUAUUCAAAAGAGGAUAAAAAUCUGGUAGAUUAGCUCAUUCUCAGCAUGUGUAGCUAGACACGAGUAACGGUAACAGCAUGAGAGACUGUUAGUACGCAUACCUCAGUCCAAACCUUAGGAAUGAUGAAAACUUAAAAAUACAUUUCACUCAGUUGCACCUAGUUGUAUGUCUUGCAUGCUUAGUCUAAAGACUGUAGCAAAAAAAGAAAAAAAAAGAAAAAUUAGAUUUUACAUAUCUUUGCAGGUAUCAUAGCCUUGCAGAAGAACCAACUGAAAAAGCAAUUCUCAGGCUUCACAGCAAGCAAAUGUCACUAUGAUUUCUACAGUUCCAAUUCUGUAUCCCAUGGGGGUUCCGGUCGCUUCCUUAGGAUGGGGCUUAUUAUGUUGUACAUAAAUCCCAAUGUGUCUGUGUGAAUCUUUGUCUUUUCUGGGGGAGGGCAGAGGGCGGUUCUUUUUUUAGAUAUUGUUCCUAAAAAGGAAUAAAUGCAUACACCUGUUUGUCAAAACACCUUUGCUUUUUGUGCAACUGCUUUAUAUUAACAACAGAAACAUCUUUGGGGAAAAAAAAAAAACCUGCUGUAUGUAAUGGAAUUGCAGAACAUGCUGUACUUCCUUUGCUUUGAGAAUAUUGGAUGACGUUUUCUGACGUGGGAGGGAGAAACUUUUUUUUUUUUUUUUGCUUUUGAAUUGUAACAUAGUUGAUGGAUUUUUUUUCCCCCGUUAUCAUCGAUUGGAGCAUUUUGUACAGGUUUGUGUGUGCGUGGGUGCGUGUUUUAAUCUGUUUUUUAAUACAUUCCUGUCCCUUGUGUUUUAUCCUGCCACUGCCUUCCUGGCUGUCUUAAAACAAGUUCAUACAUUUGAAAAAAGAAAAAAAAAUGUUGUUUAAAAAUGUUUUCUCCUGCUGCAGUAAAUAUUUUGCAUGAUGAAAUUCUAGGGGUCACACUUUCAAAGUUUAUCAGUGAAGUAGUGAUUCAUAAUGGGGAGUGUUGGAAAUAUUUGAAGUUUUGUAUAAAAAAAAAAAAAAACUUUACAAGGUGCCAAGAUGUAAAGACAGUUUGUUACUUUUUUUUUUUUCCUCUCCUCAGAGAAAGGCAUACAUUAGGGAGGGGGUCCCACGUGUCAGACUAAGGCAGUGUCAGGAAUGCGGACUCACCCUACCUGUCCCUAGAGUCUGUCCCUGUAAGACGAGCGAGGCUGCCAGGCUGGACCAGCAAAGAAAAGAAACAGGUUAUGCACUAAGAGUGACCGCCGACCCUGUCCCCUUCCAGCUGUCCUAAAAGGAUGCUCCCAGUGUCCCCUCAGACCUAAUAAAGAAAAUCAUGGAUUCUUAACCUAAAAUGUGACGUAAAUCACUAGAUUUUUUCUUUUUUAAAUCAUAAAAACAAGGCGACUUCAUGCAUAUCUGCCCCUUUCCCACCCAUCCCAGCUGAGCUGCCUGCAGGGCUCACGCGGCAGUGCUCAUGACCACCCUCGAUCUGUGCGGUGCCUUUGGGUUCCUGGCAUCCCCUCCGGACGUUCUGAAUGUUUUGCAAGUCGAUUUCACCCUUUUAUCCAGAGGAGGAGGUCUACAGCCCUCCAGGCGUCCCGUGGGCCUGGCAGCUCAUGCCACCCUGCUCCCUGCAGGCGGCCGUGGUGGCCACAGCGCGGUCCGGACAUGAGCGUGGUGCUCCAUGUGUUCGUGCUGCCAGUAACUAGAGCUGCUUUGUUUUGUUUUGAUAAGGCAUAAAAGAAACUCAUUCCUUGACAUCAACUGUAAUUCCAUCAUUCCAUGUCUGUGGCUACAGACAAUAAAAAAAAUGUGGUGUAGUCAGUACUGACGACUGACACGAUAGCGUUCUCAUAUGCAAUAAAGACGCUGGUUGUUCACACUGGUG